AUGUCAGGAGUUUUAUUUGAAGAUAUGUUUGCAGUGGAUUCCACUGAUCCAGGUAGAUACAAUAGAGUGUGCAGAAUAACGGGGCAUUCAUUGACGUCGAAAGAUAUCACCAUUACAUUGGAUAUAAAUAGUGAGCUAUUCCCAGUAAAAGAAAAUGAUUCAUUAACGAUAACUUUAGCUUCAACGCUAGGAAAUGAAAGUUCAAUGAUCACAUCAAAUGGUUCAUGGAGACCACCCAAACAAGGUGAAAGGUCAUUGGCUGAUGAUUACGAUUAUGUCAUGUAUGGAACAGUUUACAAGUUUGAAGAGAAUGCUGAUAAUGAUAAGAUGUCUGUAUACAUUUCAUUCGGAGGGUUGUUGAUGAGAUUGGAAGGUGGUUACCGUUCUUUGAGUAACUUGAAACAAGAAAAUGCAUACAUUUUGAUACGUCAUUACAACGAUUUAUAA